AUGUCCAAAGGAUUUCAAAAGAUGUAUUUUUAUCCCCAUACCAACAAAGAGGAUACCAAAGAUUGCUCCAACUAUCGCAUCAUCGCUCUGAUUUCACACGCUAGUAAGACUCUACUGGAGAUCAUUCAACAAGUACUCAACCACAGACAGGGAGAUUUCCGAAAAGGAAGAGGCACAUUUGAUCAUAUCGCUAACCUUCAUUGGAUGAUGGAAACAGCGAGGGAAUACCAAAAAGAUCUAUACAUGUGUCUCAUUGAUUACUCAAAGGCUUUCGAUUGUAUUGAUCAUGACAAGUUGUGGAAGUGCCUCAAGGAAAUGGAAAUCUCACCGCAUCUCACCCAGCUCAUACGAUCGUUAUAUUCUAAACAGAAGCCGCUGUAA